AUGAACCUCAGAGACCCUCCUGAGACGCCCUUUAACUCUGCUCCACAGACGCUCUUUAACUCUGCUCCACAGACGCCCUUUAACUCUGCUCCACAGACGCCCUUUAACUCUGCUCCACAGACGCCCUUUAACUCUGCUCCACAGACGCCCUUUAACUCUGCUCCACAGACGCCCUUUAACUCUGCUCCACAGACGCCCUUUAACUCUGCUCCACAGACGCCCUUUAACUCUGCUCCACAGACGCCCUUUAACUCUGCUCCACAGACGCCCUUUAACUCUGCUCCACAGACGCCCUUUAACUCUGCUCCACAGACGCCCUUUAACUCUGCUCCACAGACGCCCUUUAACUCUGCUCCACAGACGCCCUUUAACUCUGCUCCACAGACGCCCUUUAACUCUGCUCCACAGACGCCCUUUAACACAGAGAUCAUGUAA